CACAGAUAGAACAAAUAAUUGACGGAGUUUGAUAAAAUUUGGCAACAAACUCUCAACGCUUACAAGAUAUAGUCGAAAAUGAAGCCAGCCCAUCGAUAAACCAUGACUUCAAGGUUCAGAUGAGCGCCAAAAUAGGGAAAAGGAAUUUAUUCUUCUCUGUGUAAUCAGUGGAGCACAAGAGAUGGCCUGCUGAGCCUGAACCAACACUCAACCCACCAUCAGACGUGCUACCUACUCUAUAUUAAUAUCAGACAGUAACAUUGACAUUGCCUGAAUCGGGAAUACUAAAGGAACUAUAAACAUUAUUACUUUUGGGAGAUUCUAGAGCUGCAACAUUAGAAUAACAAUGGAAGUUUGAGGCUGAAAAUAAGAGACAUACUCUUUCAUUAUUUUUUUUUAUAUAUGUUUCCUUAGCUUGCUCUUACAUAACACUUCACAUUUAGGGUUUAGUAAAUCUUAAAAGAUGAGUUGUGUACAUUAUAAGUUCAAGAGCAGUACAGAUUAUGAUACUGUGACGUUUGAUGGCCUGCAUAUAUCUUUGGGUGACUUAAAGAAGGCCAUAUGUCAGCAGAAGAACUUUGCGAAGAGUUCAGAGUUUGACUUGGAGGUGAUCAAUGCCCAGACGAAACAAGUGUUUAAGGAGGACUCAGUGCUGCUCCCCAAGAAUAUGUCGGUGAUUGUUUCAAGAGUUCCAGUUGGAGGCAGUGCCUUAAAUUCUAUAACAGGAUGGGAAUCGCCGAUUCAAGGUUCACCAGGCCAAGCAAAGGGAAAUGAAGACCAGCUGAGUCUCAAGCAGCUUACAGAGACAGCAGACUUGGCCAGCGCAAAUGCUUCUGAAGAAAACAAGAUCCUUGCUAUGAUGUCACAGUCCACAAAAGAAUAUGAUUCCUCAAAUUAUCAGAGGACAAGGUUUAUGCCGAGACCUGGGCAGAUUCCACCAGCCAGCUAUAUAUGUAAGGCCUGUGGUAGGCCAGGACAUUUUAUACAACAUUGUACAGCAGCAGCAGGCAGAGGCCGUGGCAUGCCAGGUGAGCCAAGGCAUUCCUUCAACUACAAGCGACCCUCUGGGAUCCCCAAUAGCUAUCUGACCCCUGUAGAUAAGCCUACACAUGGUGCAUAUAUUGGAUCAUCAGGACACCUUGUUAUUCCUACUGCUGAUCUUGAAGCAAAGCAAGCUGGGAAGAAGAAGGCCAUUCCAGGUUCACAGGGUCCUGCAGCACAGGAAAACCUUGUACCAAAAGAGCUCCUUUGUAUGUUGUGCAAUGACCUACUGACUGAUGCUGUCGUCAUACAUUGCUGCGGGAACAGCUAUUGUGAUGAAUGUAUUCGUAACGCCCUAUUAGAAGGUGACCACACAUGUCCCACUUGUGAAGAGACAAACAUCUCACCAGACAGGCUCAUACCGAACAAGUUUCUUCGGACAGCUGUCGCAAGCUUCAAAAAUGAGACUGGAUACACAAAAGUUAAGAAAGCAGACAUGGUGGCUCCACCUGUUGUUGAAAAAGCCCCAACUCCCCCACCUCCAGAGCCUGUGAGAUCGCAACCUCCACCAUCAAAUCCACCUAUUACAGGGCUUCCACCUCAUGUGACGAUCGUUCAGAGACCACCUGCACCAAGCAAUGAUGUUCCCCCAACCCCCACUAAGGAUGAAUUCAAUGGGCCCAGUAGCUUUCCAGCAUCAGCACCUAUGAGCAGUGCACCCCCCAGCAAUGCCAUGAUGCCUGUCUACAGUGCUCCACCCCCAGCACAGGCACAUGACCCGAGGAUGUUCCGCCCCAGAGGUCCUCCCCCAGGACAACAUGUUGUAGGAGGUCCACCCAACAUGUUUCCAAGGGGCCCUCCAAUUUCUGUUCAUAACAGUGGUCCUCCGAUGCACCCCAGAGGCCCUCCAAUGAUGCCCCAGAGACCCCCUGCCCCAUUACCUGGGAACCCUAUGAUGCAAGGUCCACCCAUGGGACAACCCAUUGGAUUCAGAGGUCCACCUAAUGCACCUCCGCUGAGAGGUAUUGGUCCUAUCCCCUCCUUACAUGGAAUGGCUCCUCAGGCAAUACCCUCAAUUCGCCCCAUGGUACCACCACCAGGGGACAGGCCGCUAACUGCUGAGGAAUUCUACCGCACAAAAGCAGAACUACUCGAGAAAGAGAUCAAGAAGAAGACUUCAGAUCCAAUGGAAGAUUUCCAAAAAGAGCUGGAUCGUAAAAAAUUGACUCAAAAGAUUGUUCCUAUUCCAAAAUCUCGUUCAAGAUCUAGGUCUAAGACUCCAAUCCGUAUGAGGAAAUCACGCUCAAGAACUAGAUCCCAAUCCCGCUCCAGGCUUCGCACACGAUCACGCUCAAGAAGUAGAAAAUCCAGAAGUCGCUCAAUCUCAAGGCCCCGUCGGCAUUUAACUCGCUCAAGGUCAAGGUCAAUAUCACGUCGUAGAUCAAGGUCAUUUACUCCGAAAAGAAGGCGAUCAUUCUCUAGGUCAUUCUCAAGGUCACCUGUGCGUAGACGAUCUAGAACAAGGUCAAGGACACCACCAUAUUAUUAUCGUAGGUCUAUAUCUCCAGGACCUCGAAGAAGAUUUUCCAGAACGCCACCUCCAAGACGUGGUUACUCCAGAUCUCCCUCUCCCUACGGUCGUGACCGUCCAUUUAAUCGCUAUAGAAAAUCUCCAGAAAGACGCUUCAAUAGAGGUCCUCCUGAGAGAUCAUAUCCCCCAGAGAGAGGCCAUGAUUACGACCGUGGAUUUGCUCCAGAUACAAGAUAUCGUGAUGAGCCGCAAAGAGGCGGAGGACUACGUCCAGUGGGAGGAGAUCGCUAUGAUCCACCAGUACAGCGUGAUCCAGUGCAACCUGCAGCUGUACAGAAUUCCAGAGAUCCACGUGAUCCCCUUGAUCCAAGAAAUGAUCCGAACUGGGAUCCAAAAGAUCCAAGAAUGUACGAGAUGUAUUAUCAGCGCUACAGGAACUACUACAAGGAUUAUUAUCGUGAUUUCUACAGGAAAUACUCUGCAGAAUAUAACAUGACUCCAGCUGAAUUUGAGGAGCAAAUGAGGGAGCAUUUCGCUAAUCAUAUGCGGAAAUAUUUAGUGCCGGAGAGACCUGCUGUACCCCGACCUUCUGUUCCCUUACCCCCAGGGCAAGACAACUCCAGGCACAGAUCUAUCUCUCCUGCUCCUAAGGUCAAAUCACCCAUUGGCUCCAAGUCAAGUGCUGAUAUUAAACCAACAAGAACAAGGUCAAAGUCACCAAGAGCCAAAUCUCCAAAGCUGAGUUCCUCAAAAGCUCCCAGGUCCAAAUCUAGGAGCAGGUCGCCCCCAUCUAAAGCUAAGAAAGAUAAGGAACGCAAAAAGUCACGCUCCAGAAGCAGAUCUCGGGACAGAGACAACAGACAUAAACAUGAUAAGAAAAAGGCUAAGAAGGUUGAAGAAGAGAGAAAAAGGAAGGAAAAGAAAGAGGAGAAAAAGCAGAAAGAAAAUAAAAAGAAAGAAAAGGAGCGUGCGAAAGCUGAAAGAAAGGCAAAACGUAAGGCAAGCGUUGCAACUUCAGAGAGUGACAUCAAAUCCCCACUCAAUGACAUGCAGUCUCCAAAUAUAGAAAGGAGGUCCUCAAGGACAGAAGAAAAAUCCCCAAGAGCUGAAGAAAAAUUAUCCAGGGCUACAGAUAGGUCUCCAAGGACAACAGAUAGGUCACCAAGGGCAACAGACAGGUCCCCACAGACGACUAAUAGAUCUCCAAGGGCAACAGAUAGGUCUCCAAAAGGUGAUGUAGAAGAUAUAGAAAGAACUAUUAUGGAAAUUGAAAGAACUAUUGAAGAGUCUGAAAGACCUCUCAGUGAAACUAAAGAGAAUAGUCCCCAAGAUUCAAGAGAAAGGCUGACAGAUGGUGCUAAUGUAAAUAAUAAAGAUGAAGAAAACCUCAAACAUAUAAAUGACACUCAAACUAAAAUAGAUGAUGAAAAUAAAGUGAAUGUUGUUGAGAAUAUUGAUAAACUGAAUGGAGCAAGUGAAUCAAAUACAAAAAUUCCCACAAAUAUUGGGGAGGAAAAAUUGCAAGAUAAAAAUGAAAAAAUGGAAGAGACAACGGAUGUAGAGAAAAGUGAAGAAAAAACACCUUUACUUAAAGAACCUAAACCACCCGGUGUUGAUAGUAGUCCAUCUCCAGUGAAGAAAUUAAAAAAGUUAAAACCUAAAUUAAAACCAAAGAAAAAUAAAGAAGUGCCUACUAAUAUUGAUGCUGAAAAACCUUUAAAAAAGAAAUUAAAAAUUCCAGAUGGAACUAAAAAAAUUAAAAAGAUAAAGAAAGUAAGAACAGACUCACUAGUGCCUCAAUCUCUUGAAAAUAAUCCUGAAUUGUCUAAAGAGAGAAUGAAAAAGCGUCUCUUGCCAAGUGACUAUGAUAGUGGUAGUUCUGCAACAGGGACACCGACUAAGAGGUCAAAAUUUGAACUUGAGGAAGCCCCGCUCUUGGAUGCCCAUUUUGAGGAGGACCUUGCUAAAGACACUGUGAUGAUUGAUGCCCCUGAACUGUCUAAAUGGGAGAGAGAUGAUAUUGAUUUAGACCUAACUCCCACUGAACCUUUGCCUUCCAGGCAGGCAACAGAGAAACUACAGAAGUCAUCUCUUCCAAAGUCUAUAAUCGAGAAAGCUGAAAGUGUUCUUGCCAACAAAACGAUGAAAGUCUCAUCUAAGGUGUCAGCAUUGCCACCCAAGUCCCCCCGGCGAAGUCCUACACGGUCUAAACCAAAAUCACCUCAGAUGAAGUCUAGACUUGGAUAUAAAUCUCCAAAAUCAAAGUCCCCAUCCAGGCGAAGCCCUCCACAUAGACCAAGGCCAUCCCCUCAAAGGUCAAGGUCAUCCCCACAUAGAUCAAGAUCAUCCCCACAAAGAUCAAGAUCAAGGACUCCACAGAGGUCGUACAAAUCUGUUAUAACGUCUCCAAAGAAGCACAGCCCACCACCAGGCAGAAGUAAAGGACGACGUGUGUUUAUAGGAGACAAGAGUCUAGGAGAGACUAGGGAUAGACCAGGUGACCAUAAGCGUAAAGUGUCAGAUUCCAUGCAAGUCACCCUUAAAUCACCCACUGAAGACAAAUCUAUUGACCUGAGAAAGAUCAUCGAGGAGAGGACCAGGUCUAAAGAGGACAGAAAACCCAAAAGUAAAAUAAGCCUCAGGGAGGAAAUAAAGCGUGAGAAUGAAAUGAUGUCUGAUGUCCGGGAAAAGAAAUAUCGACCAGAUAGACACAAGCAUGAAAAAUCUGAAAGUAUUGAGAGGGACAAUAAAAAGAAGAUUAAGAAAGAUAAAUUCAGAGAGACUUCUUCUAAGCAUAACUCCUCUGAAAAGCAUACCAAUAGAAAUGGUGAAAAAUCGAAGUAUAAAUCUGAAGAGACAUCUCAAACAAACAACUCCAAUGUUAAGCUCAAAGCUAAAGUGGAGCGUAAAGAAUCCAUUAUGGACGAAGACAAGUUUGAACCAGAUUAUGAGGAAAGUGAAUCAGAGAGUGAAGAGGAGCCUGCCCCUCGUAAAGUCCCCUCCAAGGCAACAAAAAGUCGAUCCCAGGAGAGUGAAGAAUCAGACUCCUCUGAUGAUGAUUCAAGUGACGAUGACUCUACUGACGAGAGCUCUUCAAGUGAGGAGGAGAAAAAGCCAGUGAAGAAAUCUAAAGGAAAGAAACGACGUAGAGCUAAGUCAUCCAGUGAUGACUCCUCAAGUAGCAGUGACAGUAGCCCUGAGCGCAAGAAAAGAAAAAAGAAGAAGAUGAAGAAAGUCAAGAAGCAUAAAAAACACAAGAAGACAAAAAAGAAGCACAAGACAAAAGACAGAUACAGAAGUAGAAGUCGUAGUCAUGACCGAAGCAAAAGAGACUCUAAAUACAGUAAUAAACAUUAUGAAUCAAAACAUCAAGAUAGAGAUAACGAAUACCGUGAUAGAGAAUAUUACCGUGAACGGGAUCGAGAAAGGGAUUACUAUGAUAAUAGCAGUAGCAGAAGUUCCAGAUCACAUCGAUAUUAAAACACUUGGUAUACUCUACCAGUUUAAAAUACUGGUAUAUUCUACCAGUUUGCAUGAUUUAAAUGGACAUUAAUAAAUGUAGGGGUUAAAAAGUAGUAUUCAAAAUUAAAUGGGAUAACGUUUAAAACUUGAUUCCAAAACCCCUUAAAGUGAUUCAAUUUUAGAGAUAUAAAAGCCAAUUCACUUCUACUGUGGCUUUGAUUAUUAUGGUUAACAGAACAUCUUGUCAAUGCUUUUGUAUUUGUUUUCAACUAAAUAUUGAAAAAAUCUUCUCAAUGUACUUAGACUGUAGCAGUAGUUUGAGGGGUAAAUAGUUAGCUGGAUGAAAGUUGAUGUGUCAUGUUCAAGUGGAAUGCAUCA